AUGGUCUCUCCCGCGAACAACGAGAGCCUCAACGCUCCGCCCGAGCCCGACGCAGUCGACGAGGUGGUCGAGGCGCGCCUGCUCUUCACCGAGGCGGAGGAGGCGGCCCAGCUCAUCGGCUCCCUCGGCGGCGGCGGCGACGAGGCGGCCGCUGCCGCGGAGCGUGUUUGCACGAUCCUCGACCGCUACCAGGAGCAGCCGGGCGUGCUCGACCCGGCACUGGAGCUGCUGGUGGUGCCGCUGCUCUCGGUGGUGCGCACGCUCGCUCAUGCCGGCGGCGCCGCCGUCUCCGCCUCGCUGCGGCCGCCGUGCCGCGUCAUGUACACGCUUUGCAAGGUUCGCGGCUACAAGACGGUGGUCAAGUUCGUGCCGCACGAGGCGCGCGACCUCGAGCCGCUGGUCGGGCUGCUCGGCACGCUGGCGCCGGAGGACGGAGACACCUGGCAGAUCUCCUACUCCCUCAUGGUCUGGCUGUCAAUGGUUGUGAUGCUGCCGUUUGACCUCUCAAUCAUCGACUCGUCCGCCGCCUCCGCCGCCUCCGCCUCCUCCUCCUCCUCCGCCGACGCCGACGCCGACGCCGACGCCGACGCCCCCGUGCCGCUCGGCAGCCGCGGCGACGGCGCCGCCGCCGUCGGCACCGCCUCUUUCCUAACGGUCGGGAUCUACACGACUCUGGCCGCAAGCCCGUGUGUUUCUUUUUUAGGCACCGCCUCUUUCCUAACGGUCGGGAUCUACACGACUCUGGCCGCUAUCUUCAAGCUCGGCCACCGCGAGGAGCUCCUCCCGCAGCUGGUGCACCUCGGGCCGCUGAUCGCCGCGCCCGCGGCGCUGCUUGGCGACUCGUCCGUCGUGCGGCGCAAGCUGGGCAGCGAGCCGCUGCAGCGCGCCGCCCUCUCGUCUGUUAGCGCCCGCUCCCUCCUCCUCAACCUCGGCGGCGAGCUCGGCGCGCUCGCGGGAGCAGACGCCGGCGCUGCUCCGCCGGGAGGGAAGGGUGCGGCGGCGGCGGCGGCGGGCGAGGCAGCGGCUGGUGCGGAGGGGGGGGAGGAGGAGGAGGAGGGCCUGGUACCCGAGGCGGUCGAGUCGAUCCUCGAGCAGCUCCUGUCGGGGCUUCGCGACUCCGACACCGUCCUCCUCCGCCAAAGCGUCGGCCGCGAGUCCAUCGCUGAGGAAGGCGCCGUCGACCUGCUCGCGCCGGACGAGCAGGCGAGCGCGUGGCACGGCGGCUGCCUUGCUCUGGCGGAGCUGGCGCGGCGCGGGCUGCUGCUGCCUGCGCGGCUGCCGGAGGUGCUGCCUCGCGUCGUGUCGGCGCUGCACUACGACGUCCCUCGCGGCACAACGUCGGUCGGGACGCACGUGCGCGACGCGGCCUGCUACGUCUGCUGGGCCUUCGCGCGCGCCUUCGACGCCGCCGUGAUGGCGCCGCACGUCGCUCAGCUGGCGCAGUCGCUGCCCGUCGUCGCGCAGUCGCUUCUCGUCGUCGUCACGUUCGACCGCGAGGUGAACGCGUACCUGCGCGUCGCCCCCUUCCUCGCCUCGCUCGAGGAGUACCGCCCCAUGCUGCUCCGCCACCUGCUCGAGGCAGCAGCGCCGUCACUUGCGGCUGCCAAUGAGCUCGUCAAGAGCCGGCACUGGGACGAGUCCGUCCGGCUGCUGGCUGCGCAGGCGGCGAGUAGUGUUUCGGUCAAGCUCUGGUCCGUGUGGGAUGCGGCGGCGAGGGCGGCGCCGCUAGCGCCCGAGUGGACUGUGGAGGUGAUGCUGCCGGCGCUGUGCAAGCGCGCCCUCUCGCUCGACCUCAAGGAGAGGACCGGCGCUGUGCUUCUCGCCCUCUGCCGCGCUCGCCACGCGGGCAGCGGCGCCGCGCUGCCGCCCGAGCUGCGCAAGGCGAUCUCGGGCGUGGUGCCCGCCGUCGAGAAGGCGCGUUUGUACCGCGGCCGGGGCGGCGAGGCGAUGCGCGGUGCUGUGUGCCGCAUGCUCGAGGUGUGCGCGGCGGUGCGGAUGCCGUGCGGUCCGAAGGCGGCGCUCCGCAGCCUCGCCUCCCUCGACGACAGCAUCAAGCACCCGACCGAGCAGAUCUCGCCAGAGCUCCCCAGAUCUCCCCAGAUCUCCCCAGAUCUCCCGGCGCCUCGCCGUAGGCACCCGACGGAGCAGAUCUCGCUCGCCGCGGUGGCGGCGCUGCGGCAGCUCUCCCGCGCCUACUUCUCGGAGAGCGGCGGCAGCACGGGCGGCGGCAGCGCGGGCGGCAGCACGGGCGGCGGCAGCAGGGCGGCUGGCAGCGGGCAGGGCGCUGGCGGCGGCGGGGAGGACGCCGGCGGCGGAGGCGCUGCUGGCGGCGGGGAGGCGGGGCAGGCGCCGUUGGACUUGGUGGCGCGGUACGCCAUCCCUCUGGGCAAGGACCCGAGCGCGGGGUUGCGGCGCGGGGAGUUGGCGUCGCGCCCGGAGGCGGUGGCGGAGCUGCGCGACCCCGAGACGCGCCGCAACGCGAUCUCUGCUCUGGUCGAGCUCUCUCAGACGGCGGGGCUCGUCGCGACCGGCUCCGAGGGCGGCUUGGCCACGCCGACGUCUCCUCGCCUGCACAUGCGCGCGCUGUGGACUGGCGCGGCUUGUCUGGACGCCUUUGGGGACUACCAGACGGACAACCGAGGGGACGUCGGCAGUUGGGGGGAGGCGGAGGCCGAGGCCGAGGCGCUGCAGGCCGCGCUGCCCUCGCUCUGCCAGCGGCUCGCCGCGGCCCUCUCCCAGCAGGCCGUCGAGGAGAUCGACCGGGCCGUCGAGAAGAUCGACCGCGUGCGCGAGCUAGCCGCCGUGUCGCUCUCCGCGCUGCUGAGCGAGAAGCGGCUUCCCGCGGUGCACGACCCGUCCGACUCCACCUGCACCGCGCCAGCCACGUCCGCGGACUUCCUGGCGCCUCGCCGCCACCUCCAGUGUGUCGCCUCCGACCUGCUGCUGCUGCUGCGGCAGCACCGGAGGGAGGCGAGGCUGGCGCUGCCGCUCCUCCGCACGGCGCCAGCGGCCCGGUCGAAGGAGGCGAGGGCGACGGAGCACUUGCUCGAGGCGCGCGUCUUCGAGGCGCUCCUCGGCGAGCCCCUCCCGGCCGAGGGCGAGGCCGAGGGCGAGGGCGGGGGCGAGGGCGAGGGCGGGGGCGGGGGCGAGGGCGGGGGCGCUUUUGCGGAGGCGCUGCACCGCGCAGUGCUGCUGCUGCCAAGCGCCGCCGGGCCCUUCCUCCGAGCGCUGCUGCGUGCGGUCUUGCUGCUGCUCGGCCACCGCUACCCAAAGGUUCGCAAGGCGGCGGCGGACGCGCUCUACGUGCACUUCCUGACCUACGGCGACCCGCUCGAGGGCGGCGAGGCUGCCGAGGGACGGGGCGGCGAGGGCGGCGGCGUCGGCGGCGGCGGCGGCGGCGGCGGGGGCGGGGGCGGUGGGGUCGGGGGCGACGGCGCCGGGAACGGCGGGGGCGAGGCGAGGCUGGUCGAGGUUGAGCGUCUGCUGACGGAGACGGCGUGGCUCGCCGACCUCGAGGCGGCGGUGAGGCCGGCGCAGGCGCGGCUUCUGCUGCUCUUCGGCCUCGACCCGCCACGGGCCGGCGAGCGGCAGCCGGGGGAGAGGGCGGCGCGGGCGGCGCCGGAGCCCGAGGAGGAGGACUCGUAUGCGGCGCUGGUCAAGGAGCUGGGCUACUGAGGGCGAGGCGGGUGCGGGGCGGUCGGGGCGGCGCGGGCAGCAGGAGCGGCAGUGGGACAAGCCCUCCCCCUGAUGCGCCGUAAAUUCAUAUGAAAUUGGUUUCGGCGUCCC